AUGGGAGGCAACAAUGGUGCUGCCACCGACAAGGGUGACAAGAACAACCCAUUCAAUGAGGCUAACAUGAUCUUUCCUCAAAAUAUGUAUGAGCUUCCAGAUGAGUUACGCCAGAAGCUACAAGCCAAGCUUGAUGCCGAUGUUAAGGCUUUCUUGGAGAGCUGCACCAAGAAUCGGCACGACAAGGUUACUCAAUUCCGUGAACCCAUCUACGGUGAUGCUACUACUUCCACAUCUUCAGGCGCAAGGGAGAAGGGAGAUGGAAAAGCUAAGUAUGAUGAGGAGGUAAAUAUUGAUGCUUGUCCUAAUCAUGCCAAUUUUGCUCAGAAGUUGAUAGAUGAAAGGAAAUUACAUAAUAAUAAUCUUCAGCAUCUUUCUAAUCUACUUCAAGCACGUACGGAUAAGUUAGAGGGCAAGACAACUGAUUGUGAUCAAUCGGGUGCCGUGCAACAACCUCAAUUCGGUAUGCCUUUGAAUUUUUAUGAAAAUCAAACCUCUCAUGCUUCCGCUAGCCAAUUUCAAUCGGCCCCUUCAGCAUCUGAAACCGAUAAGGCCAGUCAAUCUGGUGCUAGCACGUCUACACAUACAGGUGCUGGUGCACAAAGUUUGGGUCGAGCUCUUCGAACUGAUUAUGGAGCAUCAACAAAUAGAGCUUCGGCGGGGCAUAAUGUUUUACCAAACCCACCGAAGUCACCUAGUCAAAUUCCUACAUUUAAUGUUACUCCUAAUGCUCCAACUACUGAUUUUGAUGAUGCUUUGAAUCGGUUUAAGGAUGAAUUGGCUAAAUCUCUUGAGAGUAGUUUAGGAGUGCAGCUUAAAUCUAUUAGGAAUACUUAUCAAAAGUCGUACCAUUCUACUUAUGCUUUCAUGAAAGCACCUGAUGGGUGGAGGAUACCUGACUUUUAA